GUCAUACUUAGCGUUAUAAUUCCACGUACAGAAGGUGUGAUUAUUGGAGUAACAACUAUUCUAGUUGAGUUUAGGGCCUGAAAUAGAAUAUUUUAUAUAACUUGCACAAAUGUUAAAUACAAAAGAAUAAGGAAAAUAAAUAUGUAAGUAGUGUUACAUUUAAGUUUUAGCGAGAAGUUUUGUUAGAGGAAAAAAUAAAAAAACAAAUCUUAGAUCCGACUAGUUCAGCUGUCACUCUCAGUCUCACACAGUCACACUCACAGUGUCAUUUCUAAGGAAUACCAUUUCUCGGAAAUUCUCUAUUUGUAGAUAAGCCUAAGCAUUAUUUUUUUACAUCUACACCUUGUAAUGAGUGACUGCAGUUUACAAAAAUCUAGAAGCAGUAUCAUAGUACUGAUGAACUAUUUCAUCUAGAAUUUUAUUCUUUACAUAUGAAAAUGGCAGCUGUGACAAAAGCACCACUACAGACUGUUCACGAGUCAGUAACUACAGAUCAUGCUGCGAAAUCAAGUUCAGUCUCACGCAGUGCAAUUUCACGUGGCAGAUCCUUGGAAGAACCACAUGUUGGAAGAUACAGGCUUUUGAAAACUAUAGGCAAAGGAAAUUUUGCAAAAGUGAAGUUAGCUGAACAUUUACCAACUGGGAAGGAGGUAGCCAUUAAAAUAAUUGAUAAAACUCAGCUUAACCCUUCAAGUCUUCAGAAGAUAUAUAGAGAAGUGAAAAUAAUGAAAAUGCUAGACCACCCAAAUGUAGUGAAACUUUAUCAGGUCAUAGAAACUGAAAAAACUUUGUAUCUUGUGAUGGAAUAUGCCAGUGGAGGAGAAUUAUUUGAUUAUUUGGUUGCUCAUGGAAGAAUGAAAGAAAAAGAGUCAAGAGCUAAGUUUAGACAGAUUGUUUCAGCUGUACAGUACUGUCAUCAGAAAAAAAUAAUACACCGAGACUUAAAAGCUGAGAAUCUGCUGUUGGAUGGAGAGAUGAAUAUUAAAAUAGCAGACUUUGGAUUUAGUAAUGAGUUUUCUCCCGGUCAGAAACUGGACACAUUUUGUGGUAGUCCACCAUAUGCUGCUCCAGAAUUGUUUCAAGGGAAAAAGUAUGAUGGUCCAGAAGUAGAUGUGUGGAGUCUCGGAGUGAUCCUCUACACACUAGUCAGUGGUUCUCUGCCUUUUGAUGGAGCUAAUUUGAAGGAGUUGAGAGAAAGGGUGUUGCGAGGGAAGUACAGAAUACCAUUCUAUAUGACAACAGACUGUGAAAACCUGCUUAAGAAAUUCUUAGUUCUUAAUCCAACAAAACGAGUCUUGCUUGAAAGUAUAAUGAAAGAUAAGUGGAUGAACUUAGGAUAUGAAGAUGAGCAACUUAAACCUUAUGUGCAGCCAGAAUCUGACAUGCAAGAUGCCAGAAGAAUAGAUAUUUUACAAAACUUGGGUUUCUCAAGAGAUGAUAUAGAAGAUUCACUUCAAAAUAAGAAAUAUGAUGACAUAAUGGCAAACUAUUUACUGAUUGGAAAAAAGACAACUGAAAAUGAAAUUUGUGACUCAAGAUCGGGAUCCAGUUUAUCACUUCAAGUUUUGCGUCGUACAGGAGACAGCUCCACAGGUGAUUCGCCUUCACACAGCAAAGUCCAGAGAAGUACCUCUGCUACAACAAAGUCUCGUCAAAGUAGUCGUGUAGAAACAGGAGAAAAUCAUAAUGCUAAGACAGCAAGUGUUGGAAUUCCUUCCUUCAAAAGACAGAAUGCUAUGAAUACCACAGGAACGAAGACUGUGAAUAUUACUGUCACAGCACAAGUGAACUCAUCAGAUUUUCACAAUGAUAAAACUGCUCCUUUUGUUUUGGAAAAUCAUGGAAUAGGAAAAUUUGGAGCAACAGUUAGUCCUUCUAGAGCAUACAGCUCAGUCAGAAAACCCCCAUCCACUGCUGGGACAAACAUUACCUCAGGACAAAACCUUCCAAGUGGAAUUCCAAGGCGUAAAACACAUGACAUAAAAACUACCAGCAGUGGAAAGAACACUGAUCUGGAGUCUCUGGUUGGAAGUAUUACUACUAAGGGUGGUGACUUACCUUCUCCAAGGUUAAAGGGUCAUGUGAAGUCUGCAUCUAUUUCAUACACCAGUUAUGCUGAUGCAUCAAUAGGAGACCCACUUCGAACCAGUGCAGCAGAGACUGCAUCACGAAUUGAGUCAUCAGUACCCACUACAAGUAGACCAUUUCCCCGAGGUACUGCCAACCGUAGCACUUUUCACAGUGGACAGACACGAGAAAGACGUUAUACUAGUGCACAUAGUGGCCCAGGGACUGUAUCUGUUCAUACUCAGGAUUCCCCUUAUUCACCUGGUGGUAGAUCUUCUAUAUUGAGCAAAAUUUCCUCAAAGUUUAGUAAAAAAUCCAUAAAUGAAGAACAAGUAAAACCACGUUCUUUGAGAUUCACUUGGAGUAUGAAGACCACUUCUUCACGUGAUCCAAAUGAAAUAAUUCAGGAAUUAUGCAAAGUUUUAGAAAAGAACUGUUGUGCCUAUGAGCAUCGAGAAAAGUACCUUUUACUUUGUUUACAUGGUGACCCCAUUUCCAAUUCUCUCGUUCAGUGGGAGAUUGAAGUAUGCAAGUUGCCUCGGCUUUCUCUGAAUGGGGUCAGAUUUAAACGUAUUUCAGGAACAUCCAUUGGUUUUAAAAAUAUAGCUUCUAAAAUUGCUAAUGACCUUAAGCUUUAAAGACUAUAAAAGAGAAGUAGAAAAUGAUCUAAAGUUAUGAAGACUAUAUCAAAGAACUUUGAAUGUCUUGACAGGAAACACAAAUGUUACAACUUUAUAACAGACAGAAAUGAUGGACCACUUGACCAGUGAUGUAUUUCAUUAAAACCAUUAAAAGAUUACUGAGAUAGAAUUAUUGAACAGAAAGAUUUAAUUUAUCAACACAAAACUUAAUGUGUUUGUAUUACUUACAUUAUUUUCACUUUUGAAAUUACUAUAUUGAGCUUUAGAUUGUUAAAUGUAAUCUUGCUUGAAAACACUAAACAAAACCUGUUUACUGAAAAUUUUAAAUUGUAAACCACAAAGAGACAUCGCUUUUGCCAGUGUCAGAAAAUAUAUAGUUAAUGUUUUCAUUUCUUCUACUCUCAUAGCUAAAAGCAAGAAGAGAUGUUAAAAAUAGUGUUCUGAAAUGGAAGGACAGUUUAUUUUACUGUCUUUAAUGAGAAGUUACAUAAAAAGUUUAUUGGAGUAUCCCUGUAAAGUUGAAUUCCCUCCAUAUUUGUACAUCCAUUGUUUUUUGCCGUGGGACUUGUUGGAUACUAUGAAACUUGAUUUUGUGACAGUUCUGCUACUGUGUAGAAUAGUUAUAUUGGGGGCCAUUUAAAGUUCACGUUUUACAAAAGUAAAUGUUAACUGAUGGUUUCAUGCAUUUUGGUUGUGUGUUUUUAUUUAUGAUACAGAGGAUGUGCUCAAUGAUUUUUUUCUCAUAAAAUUUUAAAGGAGUACAAGUUAAAGAAAUUUUUGUCAUUGAACAUUUUUUUUAAAGAUGCUAUUAAGUAAUCUUGGAAUGUUGUAUUUUUCACUUUCUUCAUUCUUUUUUUCUGUUUUGCUAAUUUGUUUUUUUUUAUUAUUAUUAAAUGUUUACAAAAAUUGCCUAGUUAGGAAUUGCAAAGUUGAUUUUUUGGUAUUAAGAUAUUGUUUUAAAUCUGAAAAAUAAAAAUCAGAAAUUAGUUAAAUAAUUAUUUCAAUUAUCAUACUGAGGAAAAUUAAUACUUGGAUAAUUUCUAAGAAGUAGACAAAUGUUAAUCUGACUGGUGUAUCAUUUCUAUAAAAAAUCAAGUAGUUUUUAUAAGAUUAGUAAAAGUCUUAGUAGUAAUGCUAAAUAGAAACUCUUAAGGAAAUUCUAUCAAAGAAAAAUAUACCCUGAGGUAUUUUAGUAGUAAUCAAACUCUGAGCAAAAGAUUUGAUUGUAAAAUCUAUAAAAUAAGGUAAAUUCUUUGUGCUAGUUAAAACACAUUUUGUAACUUCUGUGUUGUAACUACUGACAGAUAAUGGUUGGAAACGGCUUGAAUGGGUAAUGAAGAAAAACUUUAACAUAAGUUUCACAUAACAGCAAAUGUACAACGUUGUACAUUUGCUGUUAUGUUAAAUUUAUAUUAACGUUUUUCUUCAUUACCCAUUCAAGCUGUCUCCAACCAUUAUUAGUCUCAAAGUGGGUUCCUGGUCAUCCAAUACUGACAGAUAAGUUGUGAUUGAAGAAGUGUGUGUUUAAAGUAUAUUUUUUUUUAUAGAGUUGCAUUGUUUGAUCAAAGUCAACUUUUAGGCUAAGCAGUGACACACCCAGGGUUAUUUGAUUCAAAAUAAUCAAAAUAUUUACAAUUCUGGAUUUUUAGUUAACGCUUUUUAAUAAAAGUUUUGAUCAAUGUU